CGAGGAACAACAAUCAACUAGUUCGAUUUUCCGUCUUUGAGUCUGUAGGCCUAUCAGGCUUGAUUGAGAGAUGCGAUAGUAGGCCUGACCAGGCGGCGAAGGCCGUGGACUCCGGUCAUUCAUAGCCAGAUGGUGGUGACACAACUCAACCCGAUGAAGCAACCCACAUGGGACAGGAGCCUGAAGCCUGGCCAAUCGUUCGUCAACGCCCGCCUCCCGCCCAUACACUUCGAUUGGGUUUGACCUUACCCUCAGCCCCAUCAUUGAGCCUCUCAGCGUUGGUCGGACCACCCGGUGCCACCCUGGUUCGCUCGCUCGCUCGUGCCGGGUGAAGCCCAGUCUGGCCGUCAGCCAUGAUUGGCGCUAAGCCCGCCCUAUGAUUGAGAGAGACCCGGUCUCCCGACCCGCAUCGCCCGCUUUUUGACCCACUCAUUGUCCAUUUGGAGCCCAGCCACACCCAUAGCCUGAUGCCCAGGCCUCCUCUACCAGGUGGGUCCGGAUGGCGUCGUCGGCUGAGUGGACCAGGUUGGAGCGCCCCCGACAUGGCCUCGCCUUACGUACCGCCUCAUCGACCGGUCGAUCCAGACCUGAUUCAAGCCUUGGCCACGGCUUUGGCCGCCGCCGCACCCCGUCUCCUGGUGUUAACGGGGGCGGGUCUAUCCACCGAGAGCGGCAUUCCGGAUUACCGAUCAGCCCACGUGGGUUUGUACGCCCGUAGCGGACGCCAGCCUAUUCAACACCGGGAUUUCGUGCAGCAGGCCGCCACCCGCCGCCGCUAUUGGGCCCGCAAUUUCGUGGGCUGGCCCCAGUGGGCUGCGACCCUGCCCAAUGCCGCUCACCGCCGUCUGCGUGAGUGGGAGGCGCACGGUCGUUUGGCGGGCGGCAUUGUCACGCAGAACGUGGAUCAACUCCACUUCAAGGCCGGCUCGUGCCGCGUGAUUGAGAUGCACGGCACCAACUCGACCGUGGCGUGCCUGAAUUGCUGCUUCCGUGCACCCCGUUGGGCUUGGCAGGCGCAGUUGCAUCAGUUGAAUCCAGACUUUCCCGCCAUCACCGACAUCAAGGUCCGCCCGGAUGGCGACGUGGAAAUCCCACCCGCCGCCGUGGAAAACUUCAACGUGCCCAUGUGUCCGCGUUGUAAAGUGGGCUGUGUCAAGCCCUCGGUGAUAUUUUUCGGUGAUAAUGUGCCCGGUCGGGUCUUGACUCAAAUCGAGGGCCGUAUUCGAGAUUGUCAGACGCUGUUCGUGAUCGGCUCAUCGUUACAUGUGUAUUCGGGUUAUCGGAUGAUCCUCCAAGCUCAAGCGGCGGGUAAAAAGGUGUUGAUCUGCAACAUUGGCCCCACCCGAGCCGAUCAUUUAACCCAUCUGAAAGUGGAGGGCCGGGCUAGCGAGGUACUGGCGGCUGUAGACGCAUAUUGGUCCACGCACCGAAUGUUCAGUUAGACCAGGGACCCUGACCCUAGCUCUUAUUCUAUUGAGGAUAGUCCUAGCUAUGUUGAGUUAUUAUAGCAAUAAAAUGAAUUCCAUGA